GAUGGAUACCAAAGAACAAGGUCUCCACAGAAGGCAGAGGAGACGAUGGGGAGGCUGGGCAACGCCGGCAAUGCUCCAAGGACCAACCAUUCGACUCAUCCCCACCCUUCGGGCGACGAUCCAUGGAUCAGCCAUUUCUGCCAUCCCCAUCCUCUCGAGCUCACGUCUCUGGAGCAGGCGCUGACCCCGACGAUCUGCGCUGGUUGCGCCUCUCCGGCCGCCGGAUGUGUCUACUCUUGCAAGGCAUGCAACUACGUCUUGGACGUCUCCUGCGCCAAGAUGCCGCGGCGCAUCCGCCAUCCCGCGCAUCCGCACUCCGUCAACCUCUUCGCCACGCCCCCUUCCAAAGACGGCCCUUCCAACUGCGACGCGUGCGGCCGCAGCAGCAGCGGCUUCACGUUUUACUGCGAUCCCUGUGGCUUCCGGUUGCACUGUCAGUGCGCCGCCAAGCCGCUCACCAUCAACCAUCGCACGCACCCUCACCCUCUCAACCUCAUCUUCUCUCCUCCUUACGAGGACAAGGGGUUCUCGUGUGAUAUCUGUGGGGACGCGGGCUUGAACCACUGGCUCUACCGCUGCGCGGCCUGCGAAUUCGAUGCCCAUAUCGGGUGUGCGACGGGUGGGACUUUGCAGCCUCUGGCGCGAACUCCGACGACACAGCAACAGGCUCCAGCGCGAACACCAAAACCACAGCAACAGGCUCCUGCGCGAACACCUACGCCACGGCAGCAGCAGGCUUCGCCGAGGCCAUCUGCGCCACUGCAGCAGGCCUCGCCGAGACCAUCUACGCCACAGCAACAGGCAGCGCGAAGGCCACGUACGUCGCAGCAACAGGGCCCGCGGCUACCGACAUCGCAGCAACAGGGUUUUCAGAGGCCAUUUGCGCCACAGCAACUGGCUCCACCGCUGUCACUGUUGCCUCCGGGACUACUGCAGCCACUGCGGCCACUGCUGCCGGGACUACUGCAGCCACUGCGGCCACUGCUGCCACCAGGACUACUGCAGCCACCGCGGCCACUGUGGACGCAGCCGCCACAGAUGAACCAGGCGACUCAGGGAUCUAACAAUAGCGUGGAACAGCAAAACGGUGAAGGUACUGGAAGCAGAGAACAGCAGAACGGCGAAGGCACCAAAAGCGAAGAACAUCACAACGGUGAAGGCACUGAAAGCGUUGAACAUCAUAACGACGAAGGCGACAUACCCGACACAACUGGUGAAGAAGACGGCGACGUCGGUGGUAGCAGCUCCGGCUAUCACUGGAAUCAAGAUGGCUGCGACGAUGGAUCAGAUUGGAUGAUGACUCAAGAUGGAGGUUACGAUGAAUCAAGUUCGGUGCCGGAGGAUUCCUUUGGGGGAUCCGAUGAGUCUUACGAAGUGAACAUGGAGGUGACGUUUGAGCUAUAGUAUGGUCGAAUUUGUGUGUGUGUUUGUGUGUUCUUGAUGUUCUUGAAAGGACCUUUUUCUAGAUUUUGCCAUAAAUGUGAGACUUUAUGUUCUGUUCUGUUCUCUUCUCUGGCAAUUCAUUCUGGAGCUAUCUUUGUUGCACUUGUUUCAUCUUUCUAAUAAGACUCUGUUGGAUGGUUUGAAAGAAAA